GCCGACUUAGUCCUUAAGCCAUUUCAGGAAGAAGAUCCGUGGGGAGGCAAGAACACCCAGUGGAUGAUGAAGUUGGCGCUGGCAGGGACACAUGGCUUGGUGGAAGAGGUGAGGACAAUAGAGGAAGGGCCUACUCAAAUAGAGGAGCAUGAGCAACUAAUGUGAGGGAUGUAUCUGCUCACUAAUACGCUCCUGCAAGGAGACUUCGACCGGAGAGGCUCGUUUAGCCAUGAGGAGAAUGAAAUCCUAAUUCCUGAAAACCAGGAUGACGAGUUCGAAGAGGGAGAGAUUAAGGAGGCGUUUCGGGCGGAGGAGUAUGAUGGGAUCUACCGGGAGUUGGGGUUGCUCCUAUCAUGUGAGAUGAGAGAUAAAGACGCAAGUGCCAAAGCGCAGAAGAUGAGGCACCUCUACGUAGUAAGAGAUGACCAUCUGUUCAUAAAGCGGCAGGUCGGGAACCCCAAGAGGAUCAUAUGCGGGAGGAACGGACAUAUUGAUAUCAUAGCAGCCCUGCACGAUGGUAUAGCAGGAGGGCACAGAGGGAUAGGUGCCACAUGCACAAAAAUAAGCGAGCUCUACCAUUGGGAUGGAAUGCUGACGAUGGUCAUCAAGUACUGCCAAUCCUGUAUACCUUGCCAGGAGAGGUCAGCGCAAAGGCCGGGAGAGCCCCUACACCCAAGGUUGGAAAGGGAAGUGGGUGCGGUUAUGCAUCUAGACCUGUUGUUUAUGCCAGUUGGGGAAAAUGGGUGCAAUUACGUCUUCGAUGUCCGGGAUAACCUUACUGGGUUUGUGGACGGUCGGGCUAUCCGGACGAAGACUGGCCCAGUUUUGGCAAACUGCAUCGAGGAAUACUACCUGCUCUAUCCUUUUGUCAAGGAGUUCGUGAUGGAUCGAGGAUCGGAGUUUACCUGCAAUGAGGUGCGGACCCUGCUUGCAGGGUAUGGGGUAGUGGCCAACUAUACUACGGCCGCGCACCCUCAAGCAAACGCUCCUGUGGAGAGGGGGCACAGUACCAUCAUGAAUCUCUUGGCUAAGUGGACAGAGGGCAAGCCUGGUCAGUGGCCGAAAUUCCUGCGAGCGGCUUUCUUCGUGGAGAAUGUUACUGUGAAGAGGACUACCAAAUAUGAGAGUCGGAGAGAGACAGCUCGCCGAAAGGCACAAAAGAUGGGUCAGACAACUGAGGGUGCAGAUGAGGCAGUAGAGAUUGGGGAGCUGGGUUUUGCCGCCACUAGAAAGGCCAUCGAGUGGGUGGACAAGGAGAUAAAGCAGACAUCCAUCGAGGCGUUUCAAAGGUACUCCCUGCUUAGUGAUGAACUGGCCCUCAGGAAAGACGAGGUGGAACAACUGACUGCCCAACUCGCAGAGGAGAGGGCCGAAAACAAGGCCUGGCAAACUCGCCUGGAGGCAAAGGAGGCUGAGUGGGGGACAAAGCUCAAGGAAAUGGCGGCCGCAGUGGAAAGACUUGCCGCUACCAAGGUGAUCGACUGGACUGAGCAGAGCAGGUACGACAUCCAAGGCAAGGGGGUGCAAGGGCUGUUUGGCCAAGAGGAGGCAGCAGAGGCAUCUCGGCAAGAAAAGUUGGGGAAGGUAUUUCUGGGCCCGACUGAGGUAGAGGCAAGAAAGGAAGCCUACAAGGGAUGCUUUGAGUUCAAGGCUCCCACUGAGCUGGCUUCGCAGCAGGAGGCCCCUACUUCGGCAAAUACCCCUAUGGAGGCACUGAACCAAGAACCCCAACCUGCACCGGUAGAAGAGGGGGAGGCUGAGGAGUCACUGGCGAUCCUUCUGGACUUACAGGAGGGGGCUCUUACUGGAGCGGUGGAGCCUCCACAGUCGGAGGCACAAGGGGAGGAGCCAUCACGCCUGGACGAGUCGGUUGCUGCCAUGGAAGUGGAUAUGCCACCAGAAGAGCCUCAACAGCAGGGGACCUCGGAGCACGAGCCAGAGAUGGGGGAGUUGAGGGCGCAGCUGGGCUCGUGGGCCACUGGGAUCGAUUCGGGAGGACCAACUAUUGAUCAGCCACAGCAGGAAGCCAUGAGCCAGCCCACUAGGGCCGCUACCUCCCAGACUCCGAGGCCUCGCGAGAGUGAGGAAGCGGCCAUGGCAGAGGAAAUCCGCAAGGGAAGGUCGUUGAGGUUGGAUACCCCUGAGUACCAACCCGAGGGAGAGUUGCAGCGAGGGGAGUCAAGUGCCCAGGAAAUUGGAGGGAGAGCUAAAGGACCGUGGCACCUACCCCAGAGUCAUGAAGCGAGCAAGGAGGAGGAAGAGGUGCCUCCGUCAUCAGGAACCCAGAAGAAGAAGAAAAGAUUUCAGAGAAAGUCGGAGGCCAUGUGUUUCUAUUUCCUGAAUGGUGCACAUAGGGCUCUAAAGUGUCCUAAGUUCCUUAAGGACAAGGCUGAGGGGCGGGUUACUGAGGAAGAUGAGGAAGGCAAAAAGCCUUCACAGGUCUCGGUUAGGGCCCGUGUCCCCAGUUAUGACCCUGCUUACCAGGGUGUGGAGGCGAAGGUGCCCGUCACCGGCUCUCAGCUUCGGCACCAUCGUCCCGUAGGUUACGGGGAGAGCUGUUGCGGCUCUGUUGUGGUGUGGUCUUCGUGUCCGCACUCACAACGGCGCGUUGCGUUUGUGUUGAGGGGGUGUCAUGACUUGGUGAGGACGCUCUGCGCUCUUCACCAUCCGAGCGGCGCCAUUGAGCGGUGGCGCAGGUGGCCUCGGCCAUGCACGCGCUGCUUACCCGGGCUGUGUUGGAUUGUGCGGUGCCUUGCCGUUGGAGAUGGCCUACGCAGGGAAGUUCACCUGCAAUCCAAACAGCCGGACUUCGCGGCGUCUCGGCAGCUGAUUGCACGUUCCACGAUUGUUCGACGUUCUUUUGGUAGGCUGUCCGGCGUGACUGGAUCGGUGGGCAUGCUGAGACGUCGGCAGAAGCAGUUGACCUCGGGGCCGCCCAUAUCGAGCCCUGCGAAGGCACAGGCGGACGCAAAACCGAAGAGGCGGGAUCGGUCCCGCUCCCCGGCUGGUCGUAAGGUGCAGCCGCUUAAAGACGAAGACCGAUGGGUGUCCCUGCAGCGAAGACGCAUUGAAGAAGAGGAUUUGCAGAAUAUGAUGGCCGAGGAGGGGCUGGCGGAAGGCAGGGAGGAUGCGGAAACCCGCCAGCCUGCCCCGGACUUGGAUGAGCCCAUGAUCGGGGAGGAAGGUGGGGACUCGACGGAUGACAGGGGCGGAGCGAUGGAUGAGGACAUGGAUAUCAAUGAGGGGAUGGAAGCAGAUAUGGAUAUUACUACAACGGUGAAGGGAUCGCUACAGGAAAUAUUAGCUGCCGGGGAGUGUUAUGUCUGCCCGGUGAUGCUAUGGUGGGCGGAGCAAGGCAUUAAGGUGGUCACGAAAGGCAAUACGGAAUUUUUCAUCUAUGCUGCGCGCUCCCUCCCCAAGAACCCGAAUAUUAUCAGACAGGGCAAUGCUCUGAUGCGCAGGUGUCUGCAUGAUAGGUUGGCCGGUAGUUACCGUGCCCACUUGGCCACAGGACAGGAGUAUGCCGACCGCCUUAGUGCGCUUAAUUGUGGCCCCAAGGAUGAGCAGACGGAAGAGGAAUGGUGGGUGGAGCGAGUGGAGGCCGUGCGGGAGUGGCAAGAGUGGGAGACGGUGGAAACUGCACGCUGGGGGCGCAGAUCAAAGGUGGGAUGGACUGUGGUGGGUGAGAAGAUGUCUCGACGCUUUUUUAGAGAGCUGGGAAAGAAGCAGGGGAUUGCCCUCAUGACGGCAAUGGACGCCCCCUUUGACUUGCGGCAGGCGAGGCAAGAGACCACGUUGGGGAUUUUGGACUGUGUAACGGGCUUCUACGCAGAUCUGUUUACGGAGGAGGAGGAAUGGACUGUGGAGCAGAUGGCGACGACCCCGCUGGAGCACAUUUGGAGGCACGUCCCGCCUGGCCUCACUAAGGAGCAGGCGCAGCCUUUGGAGAGGGACAUCACGCUAGAAGAGGUUCUUAGGGCGAUUGGAGAGCUACCAAGACUCAAGGCGCCGGGGGUGGACAGAGUCCCUAUUGAAAUGUAUAAGGCCCAGAGUCAUUUCUUUGGUCCACUCCUCAUGCGGGCCUUUAAUGACGCCUUGCACGCGGGACACCUCCCGGAAGGCUUUGCAGAUGCUUUUGUGGUGCUGAUCUAUAAGAAGGGUGCCCGUGAGGACGUCAGGAAUUGGCGCCCGAUAUCAAUUCUCAAUGCUCCCUACAAGAUCCUCGCUAAGGUACUGUCGAACCGGCUUAAUGAGGUGCUCCCUUGUAUUAUCAACCCCACUCAAGCGGGGUUUGUUCCAGGGAGGCAGAUUGUUUCAAACAUUAUGCUGGCUAGACAGAUCCUUAGGCACCAGGAGCUCUGCGAUCAGCCGCUGGCUUUUGUUACAAUUGAUCUUGAAAAAGCCUAUGACCGGGUGAGAUGGGAAUUCCUCUUUCAAAGUCUGCAUCGGCGGGGCAUUGGGGAAACUUUCUGUAACUGGACUCGACUGCUCCUGACUGCAGCACGUACGUGUAUGCAAGUGAAUGGGGUGCGCUCUGGGUUUUUGCAACUUACCAGAUCAGUGCGGCAGGGAUGCCCGCUUUCACCUGCUCUGUAUGUCAUCUACAUAGAGGCCCUACACGACCUCCUCCGAGGGGAUGAAGCUUUGCAGGGACUGCAGUUGAGACCAGAUAUGAUCCUCAAGUCCACUGCCUUUGCAGAUGACACCGGCGCAGUCAUCCCUCCUACCACACAGCAAUUAAGGCGCCUCCAAAUGGAUCUGGAUUUAUUUUCACUAUACUCAGGAGCCAGGGUGAAUAGGCGGAAGUCGCAGGCCAUCCUCCCACAGGGCUAUGUUGCCCCUGAAGGCUGGGAUGUGCCUACCUUGGCGGAUGGUGAAAACCUGUGUUUUUUGGGGGCCCUGAUUCAUCCGGUGGGAGGGGGUGCUCAGCAGAUGAAAGGAUUGGCGGCGGCAGCAAUUUUGAGGCUAGGGCGAUGGGCGAAGAGGACGCAUCUGGGAGUUUUUGGCAAGGCCCUUGUCCUUAAAAAUUCGGUGCUGUCCACGAUGUGGUAUGCUGGGGCCAUCCACAUGCCGAAGAGGCGGGUUUUCCGGCAGUUGCGGGCAGCGGUGCAUAGAUACCUGUGGGCGGGAGAUGUGGAAGCGGAGUCGGUAAUCCCUAGGGUGGCUUGGUCAAAGCUCACCCAGCCCAGGAGUCAAGGGGGGCUGGGGAUCUUGGACCCAGAACUGCAGAUGACGGCGCUUCAGCUGCGUAACCUGCUGUGGUUUUUGGUGGGGACGACGGGCACAGCGUGGAAGAGCCUUACCGCUCAGCAUUUGGCCCUGGUGCUUGGCAUGAUAGAGCAAAUGGUCUUAGUGGCAUUGGCCAGCCCAAGUCUCAUUAGCCAUGUCAAGAGGAACCAGAUUUGGUCUGUUGCGCUGACUUUGUGGAAGAAGAUCCAAUUACAACAGGAGUUACCGGUCACCGCGGACGAUGUCUAUAAUCAACUCCUCUUUGACAACCCCUGCAUAUGUGACGAUACGGGUGAUCCAUUCCCAUGGCAGGGGAAGCCUGGAGCUUUUGGGAAGCAUUGGGCGGAAUGUGGGGUUUUUAAGAUUGGGCACCUGUAGAACGAGGAAGAGAGGGAUUGGAGGAAAGAGGUUGAUAUGGCGGUGCGGCUCCUUCACAAGUUCCGGAGGCGGCAACAC